AGUACUUCAUUUAUUUCCAUCUAUAUUCUCUCUCCCACUUUCCCUUUCUUAGUCCUCUAACACUCAGCAGCACACAAAAAAGCAAACAAGCACAGACAAACAACAUUUUGAAAGAAUACAGAAAAAAGAAGAACAUUGCAAAUUCAGGCAUUCCUUUCUCUACUUUUAAUAACCCAACUUACUCCAAAAAAGAAUACCUUUUUUUUCAAUUUUUUGUACUUAGUUCUUGAAAAUCUUCAUCAAUGGACACUGCUCAAUGGCCUCAGGAGAUAAUAGUGAAACCCAUGGAAGAAAUGAUCCCAAAUACAUGUUCAUCUUCAGUAACAACAACACCUAAUAACAAUAGCCCAAAUUCAAAGCCAAAUUCUACAUCUUUAGAGAAAAAAAUAAGGCCUCAAAAGGAUCAUGCUGUGAAUUGUCCAAGGUGUAAUUCAACCAAUACCAAGUUUUGCUAUUACAACAAUUAUAGCCUUACUCAACCUAGAUACUUUUGUAAGACUUGUAGAAGGUAUUGGACUGAAGGUGGAUCUUUAAGGAACAUUCCAGUAGGUGGUGGUUCAAGGAAGAACAAAAGACCUUCAUCUUCAUUAGGUGUUAAAAAGCUUUCUUCACAUGAUUUGAUUACAUCUACACAAUCCAAUCUUCUUAGUCAAAACCCUAAAAUUCAUUCUCAUCAUAAUCAAGGGCAAGAUUUGAACUUGGGUUUUUCCCCAAAUCAUCAUAAUCAAGAGUUUAGAAGUCUUUCUGAAUUCAUGCAAUUGCCUAAUAUAGAAACUACCCAUAAAGGCCAAAUUCCUAAUUCUAGUGUUGGAACUAAUACUAAUGGUGCUACUCAUCAUAUGUCUGCUUUGGAGCUUCUAAAUGGGCUUACAUCUUCAAGGGGAUCGACUCCAUUUAUGCCGAUGCCAGUUCCGGAACAUUCUAAUGGUAUUUAUUCAUCUGGGUUUUCUUCAUUGCAAGAUUAUAAGCCAAGCUUGAAUUUUUCUCUAGUUGAUGGGUUGGGAAAUGGGUAUGGAAGUUUGCAAGGAGAGGUGCAUCAUCAAGGAGGAGAUCAAACUAAUAAUGGGAGGCUUUUGUUUCCAUUUGAAGAUUUGAAGCAAGUUUCAAGUACUAAUGCUAGUGCUGAUCAUAACACUAAAAACUCUAAUGAUAAUAAUAAUAAUAAUAACAAUAAUCAUGAGCAAAAUGGUGAACAAGGGGAAUCAACCACACCUGGGUAUUGGAGUGGCAUGUUGGGUAAUGGAGGAUCAUGGUAGUGAAAAUUGCACAAAUUUUUUUGAAGUUUCUUUUUUUUUUUAAAAAAUUUUAUUUCCUCUUUAUUUCCUUUUAAUUAUGAUCAUCUUUGUUCAUUUUUAGAUUUGAUCUUAUGGUGGGUGACUUGUUUCGGAGUUUCUUUAGUUCUGUCCCUUUGAAAUUGUUACACUAAAUAUCAUAAAAUUCUUACUUUAUUUGUACAAUGUAGCAAAUUGAAAGGGAUAGAGGAGUAAGCUAACAUAUAGGGAUACAAAAUUGAAGUCUUUGGUUCCUCUUCAAAAUCUUCUUAUCUUUCUCAUUACCUUGUUUAGAUUAUGUUGAUGAUCAUUGUGGGAAUUUGAAGCUUGUACUUUAAACUUAUCGUCAUCAAUAGGAUAUAAUGAGUUGAAUAUGAUGUGGGAAAAAUUGAUGGAAAGCUGAUUAAGGGAAGGGAAAACGAGUUUUCUUUUUGUUAAAAGCCCAUAGUUUUUGAGGGGCUUUGCUCAUAUUCCAUACAAAGCUAUUACAAGAGGAAUUUUCCCAGAUGAGGCUGCUGUAGCUGUUAUGUUAUCAAUUUAUCAUCAGUCUUAGAGUCAUUGGUUGGCUUGCUAUAUAUACUCUUAUGAAGAACAAUAGUUACCUAAUGUAUUAUUGUAUAGUAGUUCUGUAAUGAGUUUUAAUUUAAAGGGUUUGUGGAUAUUAUUACUGAGAAUGAAAACAUGUUAGUAUGCUUUGUUUAUUACCAUUAA